CUGCGGUCGGGAGGAGCGCGAUGUCGUACCUGUCGACGUCGACGCACUUGAACAACUGGAUCUUCACGCCAGACCAGCUCCAGCAGGCGGCAAGGCUCAAGGCAAACAAGGCGAGGAAGCAAUGGGCCAUGUGCGCAGCGAACCCCUUGCUCCCGCGGAAACCUCGUUCGUUUGCUUGUUUGUUGCCCAGCACAACAAACGCCACCAUGGACUCGACCGACUGGAACGAUGCUUUGGAAGAGAUUGAUCUGGGUACUGUUGAGGAUCCGUCCAUCUUCUUGACCGACGAAGAGGAAGCGAUGGUGGUCGACUUCUACCAAAUCCAAGUCCAGAACACAUGCACAUCCAUCUUCAAGACGUCCGACAAAGUCAAGGCCGCGGCGCUGCUACUCUUCAAGCGAUUCUACCUCUCGAACAGUAUCAUGGAGUUCCACCCAAAGUACAUCGGGGCGACGAGCAUCUACGUGGCUGGAAAGGUCGAGGAGCAGUACAUUAGCGUCGAGACGCUCGUGAAAUCUUACGAAGGCGUGAUCAAGGAAUCGGACGUCGUCGCGCAUGAAAUGAUUGUCCUCGAAGGCGUACGCUUCCAACUGAUCAUGUACCAUCCGUUUCGAUCGUUAACAGGUUUCAUCGAUGAUCUCCGCGCAUUUGCCAAGUCGUCCCGCGGCAACGGCACGGAUGUCCCGCUCGCGACACUCCAGACCCUCCAUGCCACAGCCACAGGCGUGAUCAACGAACUUCUUUUGACGGACUCACCGUUCCUGUACGCUCCGUCAAUCGUGGCCUUGGCCGCGUUGCAAGUGGCAACUGCCGACUCCAUGAACAUCAAUUGGGCGCACUACCUGACGUCGUGCAAGCGAAGUCAGGGACAGCCGAUGCAGCGAAUCACGCAAGCCAUGGACGAGAUUCUCCAGCUACGAACCACCCGCGACACCAAGCCCGCAGCAUCCGAGGCGCAGCUCAAGGCAGCGUACAAAAAGCUCAAGACGUUCUUCAAGUCGGCGAAGAAAGCUCCAGACGACGGGUCGAAAGGCGCCAAGGACGACGACCAUGCCAAAGAACCCAAGAAGAAGAAACACAAGUCGUCCGAUGGGAAAAAGGCCAAGAAACCCAAGAAAGGAGAUGCCUAAAUGAACAGUACAAUAUGUGCGCCGCUUGAUCACACGGCACCACGAGUGGACAGAU